AUGGCUAUCCCUGGGCGCGAGGAAUUUCAGAUUGGUUGGAUCUGUGCCCUACCCAUUGAGGCGGCCGCAGCCAAGGAGAUGCUUGAUGAGGAUUUUGGAAUCCUUGAAGAGCAAGAUGCUGCGGACACAAACUCUUAUAGAUUGGGUCGAAUUGGGAAACACUACGUCGUGAUCGCCUGCCUGCCCGGAGGACAAUAUGGAGCCUGUGCAGCUACAAUGGUCGCCAAUAACAUGGUCCGUACGUUCUCAAAAUCGUUACGGAUCGGUCUGAUGGUCGGUGUUGGCGGAGGAAUCCCAUCCACCGACCAUGACAUACGGCUCGGUGAUAUUGUGAUUAGCUGUCCGACAGGCAGUUAUGGAGGCGUGGUUCAAUAUGAUAUGGGCAAGGUCACUGCGAACGGUGUAUUCUGUCGAACCGGGUCUUUGAACAGUCCUCCCAGAUCAUUGUUAACAGCAGUUAACAAUAUGAGGGCUGCUGAGCUCACUGAUGAUCCCCGCUAUCCAGAAUAUCUCCAAAGAGCGAUCAGGAGGACCAGACGGACCCAGAUAAACUUUGGCCGACCCAGUCCACAGAGCGAUCGAUUGUUCAAAACCAAGCACGAGCAUCCUGCUACCGAGAAGAACUGCGAUAUGUGCCAAAGAGAAUGGGAAGAGACUAGAAGUGAACGGGACAGUGAGGAUCCACUGCCACACUAUGGUAUUAUUGCUUCGGGAAAUUCUGUUAUCAAACACGGUUGCAAAAGAGAACAGCUCCGUUUGGAAUCUGGGGCACUGUGUUUUGAGAUGGAGGCAGCAGGCUUGAUGUUAGACUUCCCUUGCAUUGUUAUCCGUGGCAUCUGCGAUUACUCUGAUUCGCACAAGAACAAGCAGUGGCAAGGUUACGCUGCCUUGGCGGCGGCAGCAUAUGCCAAGGAGUUGCUGGAAUAUGUGCCACGGGCUCAAGUCUCGCAAGAGAAUCUUGCAGUAGAUAUAUGCAGCUCCAUAGAGAAUCUAACUCAAGAAGUCAAAGGCACAAAUCAACGACUGGACAUAGCAUACUACCAACAAGAACAGCACUAUCGCGAACAAACAGCCAGGGCCCUGACCGAACAGCAACAGAAGUGUCACCAAGUAUUUAAGACAUCGUACUAUGAGCAGCAUAAAGACAUUAAUCCAGGUCGUUCACCAGGGACCUGCCAAUGGGCUUUCCAAAAUCCACAUUAUCUCCGUUGGUGGAAUAGUUGCUGCAAUGAUGUUCUGUGGAUAUCAGCCGACCCUGGCUGCGGAAAAUCUGUACUGGCCAAAUCGCUUAUCGAUCAUGACUUCAAAGCAUCUAUUCCAACAGUGUCAAUUUGUUACUUUUUCUUCAAGGACAAUGAUGAGCAGAACAAUCUUGCCACAGCAUUAUGUGCCAUACUCCACCAGAUCUUUAGCCAGCAGCCGAAUCUCUUACGCCAUGCAUUACCGUCGUGGGAAAAGAAUGGGAACAAGCUCCAGCGAGAUGUCAGUGAACUUUGGCGGAUCUUUAUAGCAGCGACAUCGGAUUCCACAUCAGCCAAUACUAUUUGUGUGCUCGAUGCCCUUGAUGAAUGUCACCCGAAUGAUCAGAAACAACUCCUUCAGAGACUCGAGGGCUUCUACCAUCAAACUGAUUUAUCAACCCACGAAACCUGGUUGAAGUUUCUGAUUACCAGUCGUCCCUAUGACGAGAUCAAGGACAGUUUCAAAGCUAUCACAGAUUUCUUCCCACAUAUACAUCUCAAAGGGGAGGAAGAAAACGAUCAAAUCCAUGAAGAGAUUAAUCUCGUUAUAAAGAUUAGGGUGAAGGAGCUAGCUGAAACGGCAUUACUAUCAUCGGAUGUACAACAGCAACUUGAGCGCCAACUUCUUCAAAUGGAACACCGCACAUAUCUCUGGUUACAUCUGGCUAUUGAUGAUAUCCGUACUACAUUUCAAAACAGCUUUUGGCCCGCCGAUGAACCAAUUCUACUGAUACCUGCAUCAGUGGACGCGGCAUAUGAGAGAAUCCUUGGUCGAGUUCCGUCCAACCAAGUCCACACAGUGAGGAAGAUCCUUCAGAUUAUUGUUGGUGCACGGCGUCCCUUGACAACACAUGAGAUGGCUAUGGCAUUGGGUAUAGCUUUAUCGCCGAGGUCGCAAACCGCGGCAGAAGCUGGAAUCAAUUCAGCAAUAUUAGCCGAGAGGAUACGACAACUGUGCGGUCUAUUUGUCUUUAUCAACAAUUCAAAAAUAUACCUUAUCCAUCAGACAGCCAGGAAGUUCCUUAUCAACGGGGUUUUUAGAAAUCCCAAGUCCAUCUAUGCUUUCGAGCAAACUGACGCUGAGAAACUGAUGUCUCAGGUCUGCAUACGAUACCUGUUGAUGGAUGAUGUGGGACAAAGUGAAAGACAAACAGAUACAGACAAUCAAAGUCUUCUGGAAUAUUCAUCCCUGCAUUGGCCAGACCAUGUACGAAACAUAUCCCUGGCGCAGCAACAGGAGAUUGACGAUCUGUUACAUCACAUAUAUGAUACAGCCAAACGCCAUUUUGCAGUUUGGUUCCCAAUUUUUUGGGGCACUAUGACAAACACUGGGCCUUUGUCAUUUAGUGCAUAUAUUUUAUCCAAGGUCCCACAUAUGAAUCCAAUCCAUCUGGCAGCUUUUAACGGCCAUACGCAUAUGGUCCGGAAAUUACUCGCUGGAAAUGAAAAGAAUAUUAAUAAGGGAGAUGGUACCGGAUCAAACGCAUUGAUGUGGGCCUCAAUGAAUGGAUACAAAGAGGUCGUUGAACUGCUGCUGGAACAUGGAGCUGAUGUCAACGCCCAAGGUGGAAAGUAUGGCAAUGCACUGCAGGCUGCCUCAUUUCAAGGACAUGAGAUGAUUGUACAGAUGCUAUUAGAACACAGAGCUGAUGUCAACGCCCAAGGUGGAAGGCAUGGCAAUGCACUGCAGGCUGCCUCAUUUAAAGGACAUGAGAAGCUUAUACAGAUGCUAUUAGAACAUGGAGCUGAUAUCAAUGCUAAGAGUGGAUGGUUGGGCAAUGCACUGCAGGCUGCCUCAGUUCAAGGACAUGAGAAGAUUGUACAGAUGCUAUUAGAACAAAAAGCUGAUAUUAACGCCCAAGGUGGAUGGUCAGGCAAUGCACUGAAGGCCGCCUAA